AUGACUGACAGACGAAGAAUCAAUGGGCCGCCUAGCGGCACGAGGCCGGCGGUUUUCGCCUCGUCUCUGAAGUCCGCCUCUGGCAUUUCUACAGGAAGACCACAGCGUGAAAGGCAGCCGAACGAAUUGCGGAAGCUCUUCCUGAAAACUGGCCUGAUUCCUUCGGCAUCUGGCUCCGCAUACCUGGAGUUCGAACCUUCCGCCUCUCUUGCUGCGGCUCGCUCGUCUCCUCAAUCCUUGAUCCCGCCCUCCUCCGCUUUGAAGCUUGCUUGUACAGUUCAUGGACCCAAACCCCUUCCACGAUCGGCCAGCUUCUCCCCGAACCUUGUCCUCACAACCCAUGUCAAGUAUGCGCCGUUUGCUGCCCGCCAGCGGAAAGGACAUAUCCGGGAUGCCAGUGAACGGGACCUGGGUGUGCAUUUGGAGACGGCCCUCAGAGGUGUGAUUGUUGCCGAACGCUGGCCGAAAAGUGGACUGGACAUCACAAUCACCAUUCUAGAAGCCGAAGACGACCGCUGGUGGGGCGACGCUCCCGAUUCACAUGAUGCUCCUUGGGGAAUGAUGAACGUGCUGGCUGGGUGCAUCACUGCUGCAUCUGCGGCAAUUGCCGAUGCUCGGAUCGACUGUCUCGACCUGGUGGCGGGUGGUGUGGCUGCCAUUGUCUCCGAUGAGACAGCAGAGGGGGAAACAUCAAGCCCGAAGCUGAUGCUCGAUACGGACCCGGCCGAGCACAAGUCUAUUCUUUCUGCCUGUGCUGUGGCAUAUAUGCCCUCCCGGGACGAAAUCACAGAAAUCUGGCUCAAGGGCGACCACUCGAAGGCGUCCUUGGGAACUGACGACAAGAACCUCGGACAUGAAGCUCUGAUUGAUGGAGCGGUGAAUGCAGCUCGAGGGGCUCAUACGGUCCUAGCCGAAGCUGUGAAAGAGUCCGCUGAGAGAUUCGCUGGCUUGAUGCUUGGUGGAAAUGCAGCAUAA